GCCAGGGCAUGUUGGUUUUAUUCCUCGGUGCACCUUCUGCUCCAUCACCAGACGAUGAACGCCGGUAACUUAUCAUAGAUGCGCUUCACAGAUGAGAAACCUUGAGCAGCAACGGUCCUCUUCAUAAGCAGGUAAUGGAUCCAGUGUGACUAUUAAAACACCAACCUGCCCAGCUGGCCUGCCUAACCCUUUAGCUAUGGCAAGCUGUCCAAGAGGCUGUGCGCCAGCGGUGCACCUUUGUCAGAAACUGAACCGCCUCAAGACACUAGAAGAUGACAUGAUGGCAACUUCCCUCAAACGCUGCCUCUCCACCCUGGACCUGACGCUGAUGGGUGUUGGUGGAAUGGUGGGCUCUGGCUUGUAUGUUCUCACAGGAACAGUGGCCAAAGACACAGCUGGGCCUGCUGUCAUCAUAUCUUUCCUCUUCGCAGGUAUUGCUUCUUUAUUGGCUGCCUUUUGCUAUGCGGAGUUUGGAGCACGCAUUCCCAAAACGGGAUCUGCCUACAUGUUUACCUACGUCUCUGUGGGGGAGGUCUGGGCCUUUCUUAUCGGCUGGAAUGUGAUUCUGGAGAACAUGAUUGGUGGGGCUGCGGUGGCUCGUGCCUGGAGUGGCUAUCUAGACUCCAUUUUUAACCAUGCUAUCCAGAAUUUCACUGAAACGCACAUAAUGCAGUGGAACAUUCCCUUCCUCGCACAUUACCCUGACCUACUCGCAGCAGGAAUUCUGGUAGUUGCCUCAUUUUUCAUAUCCUUUGGAGUUCAAGUGUCCUCUUACCUCAACCACAUCUUCUCCACCAUUAGUAUGGGGGUCAUUGUUUUCAUCCUGGUCUUUGGUUUUGUGCUUGCUGAGCCAUCCAAUUGGAGCCAGGAACAAGGGGGCUUUGCACCUUACGGGAUGUCGGGAAUAUUGGCAGGUUCAGCCACAUGCUUCUAUGCAUUUGUGGGCUUUGAUGUAAUUGCUUCCUCAAGUGAGGAGGCAAAGAAUCCACAGAAGGCUGUCCCUAUUGCAACUGCUAUCUCCCUUGGAUUGGCAGCAACAGCCUACAUCCUGGUCUCCACAGUGCUUACACUGAUAGUACCCUGGCAUACGCUGGACCCCAACUCAGCUCUGGCAGAUGCCUUUUUCCGCCGUGGCUAUAGUUGGGCUGGAAUUGUUGUGGCAGUUGGUUCCAUAUGUGCCAUGAACACUGUGCUGCUCUGUAAUCUCUUCUCCCUCCCUCGGAUUGUGUAUGCCAUGGCAGAGGAUGGAUUGUUCUUUUCCAUUUUUGCAAGGGUCAAUCCCAUCACCAAGGUUCCUGUUAAUGCUAUUCUGGUGUUUGGAAUCCUCAUGGCCACCAUGGCUCUCAUCUUUGACCUGGAGGCCUUGGUUCAGUUCUUGUCCAUCGGCACUCUACUGGCUUACACCUUUGUGGCAGCGAGUGUUAUCGUUCUGCGCUUCCAGCCCGAGAAAACCAGCGCCAAGGGAACGCCUUCUACAUCGCCCAACCCCAAUGCCGAGCCUUCUCCUGCCCCCUUGGAAUCUCAGACCAUAGCUGAGGACAGUGAGGAGCCAAAGCAGUAUGAGUCCUUCUCAGACAAACUCCAGUUGGUAGAGAGGCAGAAGCAAAAAGAGCGGCGUGGUGUUGGGCAGCUGAAGGCGUGCUGGGAGCCGUACCUGGACAGGCUGCUGGGGGACUGUGAGCCGGGUGAGGUGGUAGCCUUCAGUGUGCUGACUUUGAUAGUGAGCUCAGUAUCCCUCUGUGCUGUGCUAGAAUUUGGAAACAAACAGCUUCAGCUGCCGUUGUGGAGCUUCACGAUGCUUCUGGUGAUUUUUAGCUUAGCCUACAUCCUCAGCCUAGCCCUUAUAUGGGUCCAUGAGCCACAAAGAAACAACAAAACAUUCCAGGUACCUCUGGUCCCAUUGACUCCAGGUGCCAGUAUCCUCUUUAACGUAUUCCUCAUGAUGAAGCUGAGCCUUCUAACGUGGAUUCGAUUCACUGUGUGGAUUGCCAUAGGGCUUUUUGUGUAUUUUGGUUAUGGGAUCUGGCACAGCAAGGAGGGAAUACGAGAGCUGCAGCCCAAAGACAUGGCCGCGCGGUAUGUGGUGCUACCCAGCGGCAGCCUGGUAGAGACAGUGCAGUCCGUUCAGCCCGAUAGUCAGGUGGACACCUCAGCGCACCACAUCGAUGCCCCCACUGCCUCAGCAGCUGAGGAGUGCACCAGAACGAGAUAAUGUGUAACCAGUCAUAAUCAUUAAAACUGCCUGGUAUGUUGUCGCCCAGUCAUAUGCUGUACUAUAACUAGUGUACUAUCUGUAUCUCACUCCCUUUAGUGUGUGACAGGCUAUACUUGUUGCUCUGCAAAUGUAUGCACACCGCUAGCGGGGAUGCACUCCUUCUGUCUUAUUGUGAAGCCUAUUUGUAUAUCUUGUAAUAUUCAAAUGUACAGUAGAGAGCUUUAUUACUGUCCCGUAAACUUUAGGCAUCAAAGUUGUGUUACAUCCUUUAAGACCAGCUCUUUUCUUGCAACCUUGCCAGUUUAUCAGAAUCCACAUGGUUGUAGGUUAUAUAUGGUGCUUUCUUUGUGACAAACAGUGGAGUUUUAUUUAUUUAUUUAUUUUUGUGUUAACACAGCUGCGGAGCUGGAAAACCAAUAUCUCCUGUUUUUGUUAACUAAGUGGAGGACAGAUCACUACAUUUUUGAAAGAAAUUAUUUAAUUCAACUGUUUCAUUGUUUUCCGUUUGUGUUCAUUUGAACAGAGGAAUGCACAGAGUGGAACUGUGAGUUUAUAUUUUUGCCUUUAUGAGAUUCUUCUCCCCAGAGCCUGCUUUAGCAAUUGGAUCUAUUUAAUCAAUCUCCUCAUUUUGGUACUGAUAGACUUCCCUAAGUAUGUUUGUUUAAGACAAAGUAUUUAAUCCUAUAAGUAAUACUCGAUGUAUUUAUUUUUUCUAUUAAUACUAAUCAUACUCUUCUUUUAUAAGUUAGCGUAGUCUUUCUAGCCUGUUUUUUUUUGUGUGUCACUAUAUUUGUGUUAUAUGUUUUGCAUGUACUUCUAUUAGUCUGCAAUCAGUAAUUAGCUGGCUGAACACUUCAGUUCAUCUCUUAAAUCUCCUAAAUCCCAUCCCAUGACCCUGUUCUUUCUCUUCUGUCACCGAUCUUGCACUUGCAGUCUUUUUCUCAUGCACCUUUAGUCAGCAGCCACUUUCCCCUCUCUCCCUGUCUGUGCGAGAUUGUGUAACAAAGCACUCCUAUUAUUGAGAUCUCAUGACUGAUCUUCUGAGACAACCUGGGAAAUGAGUUGUUAAAUGAACAUCGAGCACAAACCCAUUAAAUGUGGGUAUUCACACAAAAAAUUGCAGACAUUGGUGGUUAUGUUAAACUGGGAUCUGCAUCACUCCCCGAGGGUUUCUGUAAUCCCGGCAGAUUUACAGCGGUCCCUGUCGCCAGCCUGCAGCUUGACCUAGAUUAGGGAAAGGCACACAUGUGAGAACCCUCACAUCAGAUGGAUAACAUUCCCACAGUUUGCACUUGUGUCAAUUGUUGACUUGACAUGAGGGUUUAUUUUUAUCACAAAUGUUGCUCAGUGUACUGAAAAAAAAAACACGUUUAUUCUGCUUUUAUUCUUCUCAAUUCAUGUUUGCAUGUGUUACACAAGAAACCGAUGGCCUUAAACAUGUUGUAGUUCAUGUAGACUGAUAUCCAAAGCUAAAAUAGUCAGUCUGAAUAGUUCAGCUGUUUAUUUGUCUGAUAGAGAGAAACUGUUAUACUGGACGUGAUGCUUUGAAUUAUUAAACCAAAACACAAACAUAGAAAAGAAUGUACACGAGGAGGCAUUUUGGCAUAGUUUUUAAAAAAGGAGUCAGGUUCAAGAGAAUUUUGUACAACUUUGCACAGUUUGCAAACUAUUGUCUUGUAAUUUUGUGUCACAGUUAUGCUUUUAUUGUUGGGCCAGUGAUAGAUAUUCAUACUGUGGUGCUUUUUAAAGCUGAACACUCUCACACCUUUUUCUCUGUCUUUUUUUGUGCCAGCAAGCACAGUUCUAAAUGGUCCAAAUCUUUUCUUAUUUCUGAAUCGUAUUGUAGUCCGUUCUCUGCACAUCAAAGUCUCCAAUCUUCUUCUGAUCAAGUCUGUUGUGGUGAAUGUCUAUGUAAAAAUGCAAAAGACUGAAAAAUAAAUGUUUUGAAGCAGCA